AAUUUCAGCCAGUCGUGUGAAUGCUGUGUCCCUCUUCUGUCUCCCUCUUGUUACUUUGCCUGAUCUGACUCCAUUGCUGGAAGCUCUCCUUCUUUACCAUGGAGGUGCAUCAAAAGAAAUUCUCAGUUCAGAGUUUCUGGAGGCUGUGAAUGAUGCCUUUUUAAAGAGGAAGAUAUCUCUCCCUGAAUCAGCUGUCUACAGCCUCUGGCUUCGCCACUUACCAAGCCUUGAAAAAGCUACAUUACAUCUUUUAGAUCAGCUGCUUUCCGUUCAGCUGAAUUCACUGGAAGAAGUAGCUUCUAUCAUAAAAGACUCAUUACUGCCACAAGCAGCAAGCCAUCCUGCCAUUUUCAGAACUGUUAAUGAAAUUUUCAAGAAUGCACUGCUGGAAACUGGUGGAAUUGCAGAAGUUAUGACCAUAAUACAAGUGUUUAUGCAGCUCUUCCUUCAGGCUCAUCAGAAUGAAAACAAGCAGCAUAAAUUUCCACUGAAGUCCUACUUCCCUUACCAUCACCAGCCUCUUGUAACAGCUUUAAUUAGACGUCCUUUUGAACUGCCAACUGCGCACUGCUCUCAACACUUGAAACAGAUUUCCAGUAUGCUCAAAACAUUAGUAGAAGAUGAGAACAUUAGUUCUUCUGAUGACCUUUUUGAAAUCUGGUUUUUGAUUGCUCGUUUUGGAGAGUGGCUGGAUAUUGCAGCAGAACAGUUAGUGAAGGCUGCUGUAGAACCAGAUGCUUUGCUGUGGCUGCUGGCAUUCUACUACUGUCCUCAGAAUGAAAAUCAAAAAAGGACUCAAACAAUGGUAGAAGCUCAAGCAGUCUACAAUGAUCUAAUGAUGCUCUUCAGCCAUACAGCCCUUUCUGUCAAAGAUCUGGAGGCUGCUGUACACAGUGUAAUGGAUACAGAGAAAUGUUGUAACCGGCAUCUUGUAACACACCUUCUUACCAACUUUUUGCUCUUUUCUUCUGGUGGACAUAUGAUUGCCCAGAAAUUUAUCUGCCGU